AUGAAUAAAAACCGCUAUUACAAAGAUUUACUGAAGGAGAAUUCCAGAAAUCCAAAAACGUUUUGGAGUACCAUAAAAGAAAUUUUUCCUAAUAAGUCGGCAAAGUGUACUGGACGAUCAUUUCAUGCUGAUGGCAAACUAAUUACGCAUAGUAAUUGUAUAGCAAAUGCAUUUGGGUCAUUCUUAUCGACUGUCGUAGACAACCUAAAACGAAAAUCGCGUCCUCUGAAAGACUUUGUUUGGGGUCAUCGGCAUGUACCCAUUACCCAAACUAACAUGAGCUUUCAGUUUAUACCAGUCACUGAACACCACAUAGAAAAGAAAUUGAAUCAAUUAAAACGAUCAAAAGCUGCUGGUAUUGAUAAUAUCCCUCCUGGAAUACUUAAGGACUGUUCGACUGUUGUGAAGGAUCCUCUGGCACAUAUAAUAAAUAUGAGCUUAUGUACUGGAGUAAUACCUUCCGAAUGGAAAGUGGCUAAAGUUAUCCCAGUUCACAAAAAAGGGCCCAUCAAUGAUUUUGAUAAUUACCGUCCUAUAUCCAUAUUACCGGCUGUCACAAAAGUCAUGGAACGAAUAGUGCAUGAUCAACUGAUGAAUUAUUUAGAGACCAAUCAUUUGAUAAACGAUUCUCAAUUUGGAUUUCGACCAAAACGAUCAACGCAAUUAGCUGUGACACUAUUGUUGGAUAAAGUUCGAGCGAAUAUGGAUAAGGGACUACUAACAGGAAUGGUCUUCAUUGAUCUAUCCAAAGCCUUCGACACUGUGUCCCACUCUAAUCUGCUAAAUAAAUUAACAAGAUUUGGUAUUAAAUCAUAUGAGCUGGAAUGGUUUACCAAUUACUUGUUUAAUCGAUCUCAAUGUGUUAGCUUCGAUGGUUCAUUAUCAGAGAAAUUCAAAGUUACAUCAGGAGUACCCCAAGGGUCUAUCUUGGGGCCUCUUUUAUUCAUAUUGUACAUUAAUGAUAUCGACGACCAUCUCAUUAGUGCACAAAUCAUAAA